GGACAGUCCUUCUUCCACACCCAAGAAAUUUGCCGGAUUUCGAAAUCAAAAUAAUAAUAAAUCUUUGUUCUCAAUCCAAUGAAGAGAUUCCAAAUUGAAAUUCGAGAAAUGAGAAAGUGGUCAAAACGAGUCGUUUUCUUGUUUCUUUGCUUAUCAAUCUGUCUCCAAAUCCCAUCAGUUUCUUCCUCUACUUCCCCUUUUCAAGAAAAUGAGGGUCACAAAGAAUCUUCAGCUGCAGGAACGCUUAAGCUAGAGCAUGAGGAUGCUCAUAUAGUACAUUGUUCAAGAGAAAGGAGUAGGUCAGCAUGGAAAAUAAUUGAGGAGUAUCUGAUGCCCUUUGUGGAGAAAGAGAGAUACAAAGUUUCAAGUGGAUGUAGGCUUCACUCUGACAAUGAUCUGUUCAGAGAUCAGGAACAGCACAAGCUCCAUGUAGAUAUAAAUGAAUGGCGAUGUGGGUACUGUAGAAAGAGCUUCUAUGAAGAGAAGUAUCUGGAUAAGCAUUUUGACAACAGACAUUUUGAUUUUCUGAAUGUGAGUCACGGUAGGUGUCUGGCUGAUCUCUGUGGUGCCUUGCAUUGUGACUUUGUCAUGGAUUCUGCACCCCGCAAGACUAAGUGCAAUCCUGCAGCUGCUGCAAGGAAUAAACAUCUGUGUGAGAGUCUUGCUGAUAGUUGUUUUCCGGUCAGCAAUGGUCCUGUAUCAGUCCGUCUUCAUGAAUUCUUCUUGCGACAAUUCUGUGAUGCCCACACUUGUGCCAGAGGUCCAAAGCCCUUCUCCAAAGGACGAAAGAAGCGUACAAGUAUACUUUACAUUUCUAUAUCCAUUCUGACUUUGAUGUUGCUGCCACUUUUCUACUUUUUCAUUUACUUGUACCAAAGGGGAAUAAAAAGGGGCUCACAAGAGCUAAAACGCAUCUUGCCAAGUGGGCGAAAGAAAAAACCAUUUUAGAUCUAUAAGGUUUCUAUAUCAUCAAUCAUGGUGAGGUGUUUAGCUGUUUGUGCUUUCUAUCUGUCAGAGAGAACUAUGUAUCCUACCAUUGAGGCUGAAAAUUUCUAUUGUAUUUUAACAUGACACCUUCUUGAAUCUCAAUCUGGAUAGAAAUUUAUGGUGAGAAAUUCAAUUGUGGAACAAAAGGUUCUCCGGUUGUUUACUUGAUUGAGUUUUAUUUGAAAACUACUGCAUAACCUACAUUUGUUUCUGUUGCUGUAAAUAUGGGUGGCAUGCAUUUCAAUAUUGCCAAUACAUUUUAUGUUAUGGACCCAGUUCUUCUUCUUGUAGCGUUUCCUUGAGUGAAGAGUUU